AUACGAAGCAUGUCAUGAAUUCUGCUCUUGGCUGUUUACAACAGUGCACAAAAAUUACACUGUUAUUGCACACAAUAUGAAGGGAUUUGACGGUCAGUUUAUAAUGGCAUGGCUUUUAGAACAGGGUACGGCACCUGAAGUAAUCCCUAAUGGCUCUAAAGUGAUGGUAAUCACCCAUACCGCCCUCAACAUAAAACUUAUUGAUUCUUUUAAUUUCCUGCCGAUGGCUCUCUCAAAGCUGCCUGCUUGUUUCGGCCUUACAGAACUAAAAAAAGGAUAUUUUCCGCACCUUUUCAACAAGAAAGAAAAUCAAAAUUAUGUGGGAUUUUUACCUGAGCCUAAGUACUACAAUCCUGAUUGUAUGACUAGUGCGGUGCGAACCUCCUUUUUGGAAUGGCAUAAAGAACACGAGAAGGAUAUAUUUGAUUUCCAAGAAGAAAUUCUCACGUAUUGCCGAUCAGAUGUUGAUAUCCUUCGUAGAUGUUGCGUUGAAUUUAGAAAUCAGUUUUUAGAAAUUACAGGAGUAGACCCCUUUUGUUACAUAACCAUUGCAUCAGCGUGUAUGGCGGUUUACAGAUCCCGACACAUAAUACCUAAUACCAUCGCAAUGAUACCUGUAGGAGGUUAUAUCAAUCGCACGAAUCAUAGUCCUGACUGUAUUCGUUGGCUUGAUUUUAUUGCCCAAAAAGAGAGCAUUGAAAUCGAACACGCUUUGAACGGAAAAGGAGAAAGACGAUUGGAUGGUAUAUCUGUAGACGGAUAUUGCAAAGAAACAAAUACUGUUUAUCAAUACUACGGAUGUUUCUUUCACGGUUGCUCCACCUGUUUUGACGGAGAUGCACUCCACCCCAUAACAAAAUUACCCAUGUCGACAUUGCGACAACAAACGGUAGACAAGACUUACCAGCUACGUGAUCGAGGGUAUAAUGUAAUGAAAUGA